UAUAAAGAUCGAUUCAUAUUUGAUUUGAUGGUCAAGAUACAGCUGAGAGCUAAAUCAGUUGGAUGGACAUUAGCUUUUGUUGGGUGGCUCCUGUACAAUAUAUAACUAAAUUCAGUUUUAAUCUUUGCGUUGAGUAGUUAUCCGUGGAUUAUAAAUUAUUUGUGCUAAUCGUAAAAUAAUCGAAAUGAUUAAACUAUUUGUGUUAUUGUCGUGUACUAUUGUAAUGGAAGUUAUGGCUUCAUACCAAGUGGAAGUAGUACCAUCGCCCCUGUCAGUACUCGGUGAAGGGCCACACUGGGAUAUUGAGACCCAAAGUUUGUACUAUAUCGACAUUUACGGCAACAAGGCUUCAAUCAAUCGAUAUGAUUACGCGGAAAACAAGACUUAUGGAGCGACCGUAGAUGGCGAACCAGUCAUCGGUUUCAUCAUACCAGUUGAGGGAAGCAAAAACGAAUUUGCCAUCGGCAUUGGUCGUCGUGUUGGCAUUAUUAGCUGGGAUGGAAAAUCACCGAAAGCGAAACUACUUCGUAUCGCUUUGGAAGUGGAAAAGGGCGAACGGUAUAAAACCAAUCGUUUCAAUGAUGCAAAGGCUGAUCCAACCGGUCGAUUUUACGGCGGUACCAUGCGUUUGGAGGAAUGCGGCGAUAUUUUCGACGCUGCUGAGGGAAGUUUCUAUAAAUACGCAAAGGAUGAAGAGUUGAGUGUUCUCCGAACCAACAUUGGCGUUUCAAACGGAUUGGCAUGGAAUGCUGCAAAGGGGAAAUUCUAUUACAUUGACACGUGCACAUCGGAUGUCAAGGAAUUCGAUUAUGAUUCCAAGACUGGCAAUAUUUCAAACGAAAAAGUCUUGAUUGACUUCAGAGAUAAUGGCGAAAGACCAUCUUUCGGACCCGAUGGUAUGACUAUCGAUGCUGAGGGCAAUCUAUAUGUUUGUACGUGGGGUGGAUCGAGAAUAUUAAAAAUUGAUCCAAAUAGCGGAAAAAUUGUCCUUGAAAUCAAAUUUCCAUCCGAACAAAUUACGUCGGCAGCGUUUGGUGGACCCAAUUUGGACAUUCUUUAUGUUACGUCAGCGGCAACCGAACGUUCUGGACCUCAACCACCACCAGCUGGCUCACUAUUCAAAGUUACUGGAUUGGGCGUGAAAGGACUACCGAUGAGCAAAGUCAGACUCUAAACAAAAAUUGUUCAAAACAAUAAAGAUUGUUUGUGUGUUUGUUUGGUAAUAAAAAGUGCAGCCACUACAACGUUCCUAAUA